GUAAAAUAUAGCGGACCAACCAGUUCCAACAAUAGAAUAUGAAGGUUUCUGACCUUAAUGUCUAGGGUUUUGACCUGGCUCCUCUAAUCAAAAGGUAAAGAUAUGUGUAACGUUUCAUUUUUUUUAAGCAAAAAAUAGACCGUGUGUGAAUGUCAACGUUUCGUCCCGUUUGCCACCGUCUAUUUCGAGUGUUUGUAGAGGCUGAAAAUUGAAAAUUGUGUUGCCUUCGUUCCAUCCACACCAAGCUAGCUCGCGCUAGAUAUUGUUAUGGGAAAGGCUGUUCAUUGUAAUGACAGAUGGACGUGAAAACGGUUCUGCAAUUCGCCGCCACCACAAGAGGCUUGUCACUACUAAUACAGGCUCUCCUAAAUGCUGCAAUCCCAGAUCACGAAGCUGAUGCAUUCACUCCUCCACGUGCAGAGGAGCCUCGGCUUCUGGACCCUGCAGUGCAAUGGUUUCUAGGGGGCCUUUCCCACUGGGAUGCAGAGCAUUUCCUCUUCAUUGCUGAGAGGGGUUACCUGUAUGAGCACAACUACGCCUUCUUCCCCCUGUUCCCUGUCAUACUGCGGGGGCUUGCAGAGACUAUACUACGGCCCCUCAGUGGCUGUCUUACACUGCGUGGACGCCUGCUACUGGCUGUUGCCUUGGGUAACAGC